AUGGCGACCGCAGAUGCUUCACACCUGCGACACAGCAGCAAAUCCUCCAUCUCAGCGUUAGAAGCUGCACGAGCCCGAAUUCGAAAGGAUGACCAGUCAUUCGAGCCUCGCACCCCUCCCCACCGCAAUCGAUCCAUUGUCUCAUCCUUUGGGUCUUCGUCUUCGCCGUUGUCGUCAUUCCGAAACGAGGAAGAUGCGAUAAUUUUUGAAUUUGGGUCCCGGUGGCUUCGUGCCGGUUUUGAAGGCGAAAAUACUCCAGUGUGUGCAGUAGGGUUUGGACCAGAGGAGUCGCGGAAAGCUGGAGACUACCGUGGAUGGAUGAGACAGAGACCAGCCGGGGACACCGAUGAUCGCAAAGAACGCCUGGACGCCGAAGAAUGGGCUAGAGGCCAUGAACUAUGGCGUAUGGAUCUGAGGGACGUUGACCUCGGGCUUGUUGACGACAAAAUCGAGCGAGCUUUUCGAGAUAUUUACAACACCUAUCUAUUAACUGAUGCUGGAAACGCGCGACUCGUCUUGGUAUUGCCGUCUGUGAUGCCACAUCCUAUACUAUCAGCAAUCCUCACAACGCUCUUCAACAGGUGGAAAUUUCCGUCUAUAACACUAUUGCCAUCUGCCGCCAUGACAGCAGUCGCGGCAGGGCUUCGUACGGCUCUGGUCGUGGAUCUGGGGUGGGCAGAGACCACGGUUACGGCUAUUUAUGAAUACAGAGAGGUCGACACCAAGAGAAGUACGAGGGCGAUGAAGUUGCUAUUGCAAAAAAUGGGUAGCAUGCUGUCAAACCUUGAUCAUGAGGAAUCGGCAGAAAAAGACGACACUAUAUCUGUCAAAUUCGAAUACUGUGAAGAGGUCGUCAACAGGUAUGCCUGGUGCCAUUGUGCCGAAGACGACGAGGCUUCUGAUAGAGAGGUCGCUAUCCCGUUACCCUCGAAGCCCGAUUCGGCAUAUGCACAGGUCCCGCUUGCACGGUUUGCCGAACCGGUAGAGGAUGCGCUUUUUGCCGCUGGCACUGAAGAUCACGAGAUAGAUGACCACGAAAAGCCGAUUCAUGGGCUGGUUUACAAUACACUCCUCGCAUUGCCUCCUGAUAUACGUGGCGCAUGCAUGUCACGCAUUAUGUUUGUUGGAGGCGGGUCAAAAAUCCCUGGUGUUCGACAGCGCAUCAUGAAUGAGGUAUCGAGCGUCGUCGCAGAGCAUGGAUGGGACGCGAUGCGAGGAAACGCAGUCACACAACAGAGAAAGAGACUCGAGGAACUCCACAUCAGCAAACUACGCCAAGAUGAUGACAACCAAGCCGAGAGCGACGAAGCAGAGACACAAGAACCAGACCUCGACUUUGUCGAGCAGAAACUGCGCCGCAACCAGCCUCGCGACAGCAAACCGGCCAUCCACGGCCAGUUCCGCCAGAUCAACUCCCUCGGAGCCUGGGCUGGCGCGAGUUUGGUGACCAGUCUCAAAAUCAGAGGCUUCGUCGAGAUUGAGCGCGAAAAGUUUCUGCAGCAGGGCUUGGCCGGGGCGACGCGAGACCCGGACGCUCACCAUAUAGCUGCUAAUCGGCAAUCAGGCAUCAGGUCGUCCAUGGUGAGCGAUCGAUCGAGUUGGACGUUGGCUGGGUGGGGAUGA